UCACUUGUCACUUUUCAGUUUACUCGGGUCUAGUGGAGGAGUGUGGUAGUUAUUUGUAUUUUGUGUAAUCGUGGGUGUAUUAAAUUUCGUAUUUGAGGUUAAAUUACCGGUGUGUCUUUAAAAUAAUAUAAUAUAUUGAGAUGGGUGAUCACGGUUUUCUGGAGCAAAAACCCGGCUUUGCCACUAUUGCAAUUCAUGCGGGUACAAAUCCUGACAAAUGGCAAUCGAAUGCGGUGGUGACACCAAUCGUAACAUCGACCACCUUCAAACAGUCGGGACCUGCUGAAUAUGAGAAGUUCGACUAUAGCAGAUCAGGUAACCCAACAAGGAAUUCCCUGGAAGAAUGCUUAGCUGCUUUGGAUGGUGGCAAGCAUGGAUUAGCCUUCGCUUCUGGGCUCGGAGCGAUCACAACUAUCGCGUCUUUGUUGAGCCAAGGCGACCAUAUUCUGUCCUGCGACGAUGUGUAUGGAGGAACUAAUAGACUAUUUAGUCACGUCCUGCAAAGACUGGGCAUAGAAAUAUCGUUCGCUGAUUUCACUGAUAUUGAGGAAGUAAAGAAAGGACUGCAAAAGAAUACAAAGAUGCUAUGGAUAGAAACGCCCACAAACCCGCUCCUCAAAGUGAUAGAUUUGGAAGUAGUAACAAAAUUAGCGAAGAGUUAUAGCCAAGAUAUUAUUGUGGUGGUAGAUAACACCUUCCUUACGCCAUACUUGCAAAGGCCCCUCGACUUUGGCGCAGAUAUAGUUAUGUAUUCAAUAACUAAAUACAUGAAUGGCCACUCCGAUGUUAUCAUGGGCGCAGCGGUUGUGAACGACGAUGAUUUGGAGAAGAGACUACGUUUUCUACAGAAAUCAAUGGGUAUAGUCCCGUCACCAAUGGACUGCUACUUAGUCAGCAGGAGUUUGAAGACCCUCGCCGUUCGGAUGGAACAACACAAGAAAUCAUCUUUAAUUAUUGCGCAGUGGCUGUAUGAACAUCCUAAAAUUGUUGAAGUUUUACAUCCUGGUCUUCCUUCUCACCCACAAUACAAAAUCUCACAAAAACAAAUGACAGGACAUUCUGGAACGUUCAGUUUCAAGCACACCGGAGAUCUGAAGGAAUCUAAGACUUUCCUCACUUCCUUGAAAUAUUUCACACUUGCCGAGAGUCUGGGUGGAUAUGAAAGUUUAGCUGAAUUACCUUCUCUCAUGACGCAUUCAUCUGUGCCCGAGGACCAGAGAGCAAAACUGGGAAUUACUGACAACCUAGUCAGACUUUCAGUUGGCUUAGAAGAUGUAGGAGAUUUGAUUAAGGAUCUAGACCAAGCCCUUAACAAAGCUUUUGAUCUAAAGAAUUAAAUAGUUUUAUAAGUCAUAUUUAAUCAUUUCUCAAUAAUGUAUCACAAUUUUAUUUAGUAUUUAUUUUGUCCGUUUUAUUUUUUAAUUUUGUUAUGUAAAUGUAAUGGUGGAAUGUGAUCAUUUUACACAAAUUAAUAGAAUAUUUAAAAUGGAGUUCCUAUAUUUUAUAUGUAUACUUAUAUUUGAAUGCAUGUAAAUUGUAAACUGUAAUACUAUCGACAAUCUUGAACCAGACCUUUCUUUGUAUUUACAAACCAUUUACGCUAUUAUUGUGUUAAUGAAGUAUUUUUAUACAAAAACAUUUGCAUAGAUAAGCGGGUGGGUUGGGUUAAACAUGUGCAUUUUUAGGAUAAUUAAAUGAAUAUCAUUUCGAAUUUCCACUGACUUUCGACGGCUCUGACAAUUUCAUAGUAUUUGUUGAAUUUUUAUUUUAUCUAUGCGAGCGAUACAUAGUAUCUAA